AAAUAUUUUAGAGCGGAUUAUAAGGAACAAGAAGUUGACUACAGAAGUAAUUUUGAAAGAAAAUGAAUAAAAUAAUCGUUUAAAUCAUGGAACGUGUGUAUUUGUUCUUGUGCGAUAAAAGAAAACAAUAUAGUUUAUUUUAAUGUUGACCGAAUUUAAUAAUUUAAUACUUAAUUGGAAGUUUACCAAAAGUCAAAAAAGAAGGUGACAGUCACAUAUGAUACAUUUCAGAAGUUUAUGUUGAAGUAAAUCUGAUGUAUCAUAUGUAAACAAAAGUGACCCAAUUAAUAAAUCAUGUGCUAAAGAGACAUGGAUAUAUGGGGAUUUAUUAUUCUUGUUUAUGCAUCAGGUCUAGCAACUUCUGUACAAGAGUUUCCGACGAUCCACAAUCGCUCUGCCUGUGACAGUCCUAGAAGUUGUCAGACCAGCUCUUACUCAAUUGAGUGCCCAGUAGAUGAGUUUAUUGCCUUACAAAAGAUCAGUUAUGGUGCCAAACCUUACACGCCUAACUGCCCAAACAACAACAUAUGUACGAAUCGCCAGCAUUGCUGUCGCUACGAAACUGGCGACUGUCUUAUUUCUCUAAAUGACACUGAGUUAGCGCCAGUCUACAAAGACUGUUCUCAUACGCCACAGUGUGGAUGGCUGUUUGCAAGCUCUAUUCCUCUGCAGCGAGAAUGCAAGAUCAGGGAUCGAUCCAACUACAUCUGGGCUGAAUUCCAGUGUAUAAGCAAAGACCUUUUCAUUGAUAUGUGCUCCCAGCACUAUGUCACUGCCAAGUCAGUGAACAUCCAUCAUGCUACCAUGCUGAGUCCCUACAAUGCCCAGCAAUGCUCGUGUAUUGUAACUCCCGAGGUCUGUAACACUUCUGCUGACAUCGAGUUCUAUGCCAUAGAUGUGCGGCUUCACAGCGGCUUUGAGGACCUGAGGAACUGUUCCACGUCCAGCCGUAUAGAGCUUGUAGGUCAGAAUGAGGUGAAGCAGUACGGGUGUACACCCAACAAGUUUCAGCAUGGCAUGCAACUCUUCUACAAAACAUCAGAGCAGAAUGUGAUUAUGUACCUGCAUAAGAUGCCUCGGCAGUUUCCGCAAAAAGUUUGGCUGCACGUGAAAGCCUCCCUGUCCAGUGUGAAACUGAAGGUGACGUGUGGAGCUCGGUCUGUGGAGACUGCGCACAGGUGCCCCGCCAGACCUCGCAUAGACCCUGGCAAUGACAUGAAGGUGCUACCAGACCGCACUGCUAACCCACCAACUGUAAUCCACCUUGAUGAAGAUUAUCUGGACCCAAAUAAAGGUGGAGGAGGGAAUACUGAGGGGGAUCUGCCUGGGGAACAACAGAAUCCAGCUAUUGCAGCUAUCAUAGGAGGGAUAGCCGCUGGUGUGGUGGUGCUGCUGCUAAUGCUCAUAGUGAUAUGUCUCAUCAUCAGGAGAAGGCAGCGGAACAAAAAGAAUCAGCAGACCCCAGAUGUGAAGGCCAGUCUUUCUCUGGGCGAGGAGUCACAUCCGUUAAACUUCUACGAACCCAUUGGGGACGAGUCUAAAUAUUCGAGAAAUGGGGCCAACAAUGGCAAUCUAAUUUAUCAUGAGCCAUGGGGUGGACAACAGGGAACUGAUGUAGGGAAUCGACUUCAAAAGAAAGACCUUGCGUAUGCAACCAGUGAAGAAAUCAAAGUUCUUAUAGAGAAAAUGGAACAAGAUCGCCAUAAAAUUGUUGAAGGAUCAAGUGAUUAUUAUCCUAGUCCGGAUCCAACAUAUUAUAGACACAUAAGCACAUUUACUUUCAAACCACAUGGUUCCAAACAAGCCUCCAAAGAGGAUGAUGAGGAAGAGGAGGAAAAUGAUAGGCCAAGAACAAAAGACGGAGACUCGGAUUCGAAUUGCGGCACUGAUAAACAAGAGUCAGAAGAUUCCAAGGUGGAGGCUGAUCGAGGGAUAGACUGGGACCUGGAGUCUCCAUUGGUUGAGUCAGAGACUGUGUCUGCAUACUGUGACGGUUACGAGUCCCCCAGAGUGAGCAGCUGUCAGCCCUCUGAGAGCACAUCGGUGCGCACCAGUGUGCGGUCCAGCGUGAAGUCGGAGGAUGUCUCUGAACUGCCCAACUACGUGUAUGAGCCUGACAGUGUCAUCCUGGAGGACCAGUUUGCUGACCUGGAGGUGCCUGAUGAGCCUGCUCCGCCAGUGUCUGCCGCCAUUCUGAGUAGACUGAAGGAGAAGCGCAAGUCUGGAGAGCUUACAGAGAGGAAGGAAGGGGAGAUCAUUCUGGGUGCUUACAGGGAACCAAAAGGUAGUGUGGAGAACAUAACAAGGGAAACCACCAGAGAUUGUACAGAGGACAGUCAGAGUGAUCACCCUUACAGCCCAGUUUAUGAUGAAAUCUCAGACAAACAGACAAAGUUGUGAUUAGGAAUAAGAAUAUUGGCAUUAAAAUAUGAUGCAACUUAGCAUCGUUUGUUAAAAAAGUAUAAGCUAAAUUGAUUUUACUAUUUUGCCAGUUAAUUAAGUGUUGUUAAAAUGUUCAUGUUGUUACAACAUCAUAAAUGUUUCUAAUCAUUCCAUAUUGUGUCAAAUUAUUUGCUGAAUGUUUAUCGUUAUGUUUUAUGUUCCUAUACUUUUUUAAGUUCUGGUGUACAAAAAGUCAUUUUUACUUAAUCUGAAGUUUUGAAUAGUCUAAAACACUGUUGACAUUUAAAUAGAAUGGAAAAAUGUUCAAGUAUGAAUUUACCUAACUUGUGAAACAGUUAUUUCCUUAUGAAGAAUAAUUUAUUGAAACUUUUGCAAUAUAAAAUAAGAUGUUUAUCUUUCAAUUAGUGGUUGUGUUAUGCAAGAUGGUUGUAUGAAUUUAUUUCUUCCAAUCCUUUAACAUAUAAUUGUAAUUUAGAUUUUUUAUUAACAGUUUUUUUACUGUUAAAGUUGUUGUUUUUGUUGAUUUUAUUUGGAUUUGACAAAUGGUUGUAUGAACUUGUAUUUAUUUGUUUAAAUUAUUACUGUUGCCUAUAAUGCCAUUCUAACCAUUUUACAGUUAAGGUUUAUCGUUCCAAUAACAAUCAUUCCUAUAUCAUUAAUAACCAGUUACCCAUUUUUGUGAUUUUGAUAUUUUUUAAACCACAAAGCAUUAUAUGUAUUUUGAUUAUAUUCAUACAUCAUUUGUUCGUUGUUGAAUGAGUUUUUUGUGCCCCCGGAUCAAAUGAUCGGGGGUAUAAUGUUUUUGGCCUGUCUGUCUUUCAUUCUGUCUGUCUGUCAUUUUGUCAUUCUGUCCCAAAACUUGAACCUUACAGUAAUGUUUUGCAAUAACUUUUGAAAUAUUGAACAUAGCAACUUGAUAUUUGGCAUGCAUGUGUAUCUUAUGGAGCUGCACAUUUUUAGUGGCGAAAGGUCAAGGUCAUCCUUCAAGGUCAAAGGUUAACAACAACAAAAGUGGCGCAUUAGGGGGCAUUGUGUUUCUGACAAACACAUCUCUUGUUUGCCUAUACAUGUAGUAUUAAAGUGGUCAGUACAAAUAAGCUUUGAAACUUUGUUCAGAUUUAUUUCAAGUCAUAUAAUGUUCAGAUAUUUUUUACUCACAUCCUAAUAUCAGGAUGUUAUUGUUGUUACCUUUGUAUUUUAUAAAGUUAAAUGGAAGUGUUUUGUAAUUGUAAAUGUCAAAACCUUAGUUGCAUUAUUAGAGCGUUAUCUAUUAAUGUUAUAUAAUCAAUAUCUUUAUGCAUAAUUUGCAAGGCAUAAUUUUUAUUUGUAAAGGAAUCUGGUCAAAUUAAAAGGACUUGUUUGUGAUUUUCAUUUGAUUGAGAAUGAUUUUGUCUUUUCUAUGACAAAAUCAACCAGGAUCAUUGUCAUUCUGCAAAUGCUGAUAGGUCUUUUUCCUUGACAAUCUCACAUUUUCGUCUUCACAUUGGAAGUAAAAUGACCAUAUUCACAAAUAUGGUUUUAGGCUUCACUAUAGUAUAAACAUAUGACUGAGCCUUUCUGAAAACUGGGCCUAAUGCAUGUGUGUAGAGUGUCAUCCCAAAUUAGUCUAUGCAGUCUGCGUAGGUUAACCAUGGCAACACUUUCCACUGUUAUGGUAUUUAUUGUUUAAAGGAAGUCUCUUCUUAGCAAAAAUCCAGUUGAGGCGGAAAGUGGCAUACCACACAGGCUAAUCUGGGACGCCACUUUACGCACAUGCAUUAAGUCCUGUUUUUCCAGAGUGAGACACAUAUUCAUUAAACUGUUUUGUUGCAGAAUGAUUUUCAAAGGAAUCUUCCUUGGUAUUAAGCAAAACACUUUGAAGCUUUAUUAUACUUUAACAGUUUGUUGAUUAAAUGAUCAAGAUUUAUACCAGCAUAUUUGACAAAGUCUCUGGUAUUUUUGUUUGCUUUUAACAGAGAAUUAACUUUGUUAAAGGCUCAACAUUUAUAAACAUUAGAUACUUUAUCAUAAAAGGAAGUAUUAUAAUUGUUCAUGUGUAAAUAUUUCUUGCAAGCAAUUGGGUUGGUGAGUAUAAACCUCUGCAUGCUAUAUACAAGUUGUUUUAAGAUUCUGUAGAGUAUAUUUUGUAUUUAAUUUGUUUGCCUAAUAAAACAAUUAUGUUAUGAUCUCUUUAAAAAAUUGUACAUUAUAAAUUUAAUCAAGUGUUACAAAAUGAAAAAUGAAAAUCACAAGCAUUCCAUGAGUUCAUUCUUUUACAAGAAAAUGUGACAUUAAUGUUAAACAUUGAGUAAAAGUCGAAGCUUGUUGACACAGUUAACUUGAAGACAAGUGUUCAUGGAAAGCAGUUAGGUAAAUGAAAUGCUUGUACUCACAGCAGACAGACAAAUGAACAACCUUAUUUAAGGACAGUAAUCUUGUAGUCAGCAUGGCAUACUGAAAGUUUUAGUUGGUGUGUCAUGGGCUCGAACCCAGGGAUCACUUAUUUCUCUUUCAUUUUACUUUUUUGUCAUGGAUAUAUGUAUUUGUGAAGAUCACUCCAGUUUUGAAAGGGAUACAUUUAAAAAAUCAAUGAAUCAGUCCCUUGUAUUUUGUGAUUGUGUACAUGAACAUUAACCAGUAUUAACUUUCCUAAAUUUUUGAGACUGUAUGACAUGUCUCAAUGUUUCAGCCCUCUGGUAUGAAUACAAUUGUACAUCUGCCAAUUGUAAUGACCUAUUAUCUCAUUUACUGAUAUUCAAAUGCCAAAAGAUAAACAUCUCCGAUAAAAUCCUUCAAAUUCUGAAUAAUUUGCUAUUCGUGCUUCUGAUAAGCAUUUUCAAUAAUAAACUUUAAGUUUUUGACUUCCAUGAAACGUUUAUGAUGUUAUCUAUUUAAUCUACACAAUGUUAUUGUCUGCAUUUUAUGCAGGUUUCUAAUUCAAUCUCCAUUUCUAGUUUCUACAUUUGAUAAAUCAAUGAGUAAUCAAGUAAUUUUAAUUAAAUCUUCACUAAUUGAAUUAUGUGUUAGUAUCUAUCUAUCAGAUAUAUCCAUAUUCAAAAGUUUGUUUUACUUUUCCUCCUACCACAUGGUAAUAGACUGAUAUUGCACUGAAAAUAACUUUAUUUAUUUAGUCAAAAUAGGGCAUCUUUGAUUGUGAUAAGUGUCACUUGGUUAUCCAUAUCAGAACGAAAUUUAAUUGAGAUUUUGAUUGUUAAGUAAAUAUAUCCCUUCUGUUGUAUUAUCUUUAUGUAGUAUCUAUAAGCACACAGUGAUAUCUAAGCAGCAUACUACAAUUUAACAUAUGUGUUUGUACAAGUUUAUUUAUGUUCAGCUGUUAGAAAGCUGCUUAUUGCUAAUUGAACAUUAACUGACGUGAAGUUGCUUCAGCAGCAUGUAUUAUGUAACACAAACUGAUUUUACCCUAGUUUGGUACCAUAGUUUGCUAUACAUAGCGUUGCGUGCUCAAAUUGUCUUGAGUGAGCUUUUUCUAUAUUUUUUUAUGAAAUACACAGGCUAUGAUUGUGUACUAGUUAAAUAUGACUGAGUGAUAAGAAGAACAUUGUAUUUGUCCAA